AUGUAUGGCUGGCCCGAGCGUCAAAGCCAGGCAGGUGCCACGCCAGCAGCCACAGCUUCAACCGAGCGCAAAGAAGUUGCUGUGGUACGAAUCUUAGCUGGUGGUACUCGCCAGGUAAGAUCCACUUUUCACUUCGACGAUGUGCUCACUUCCUUCAGCUCGCAAGAAGAUGUCUUUCGAGCAACCCUGCAACCACUAGUGGGGCAAGUUUUAGCUGGCUACGAGACCACUGCCUUUGCGUAUGGACAGACUGGCCGCGGCUUGGUGCCUCGCACAGCAGCAGCCGUUUUGGAAGCCUUGGUUGGGGCACUUGAGACGGUUUCGAUAUCGGAGGUGGCCGAGGAGUGUGUUGCCAAGGCCUAUCAGAAGUGGGAACCUGAGUUGAAUCUGAAGCUGUUCACCAAGCUUGACCUUGCCAAUUACAGGUGGUCCGCAGAGCACAAGUCUGGGUGCUCGGGCGAGACUGGACAUGACUUUCUCAUGGCGAACGAACGGUGCGAAUGA